UAUUUUACUCCCUCUCUCAAAAAAAGAAAAAAAGAAAAAAGCCCUUUUAUGUAUUUCUAUAAUUUAUAUACAUUUUGGAGGGAGUAUGAGAGUAUCAUUUUAAGAGUUUCUGACUUCGAACUUCAAUUUCUCAGGCGGCGAAGCUUUUUACGGGGGCUCUUCGCUCAAUUCAAUCUUUCUCUCAUUCUAAUUGUUGGUAGAAAAUGAAUCUGAAAAUCCCAAUUCAUUACUCUAAUAUUUCAAUUCAAAACCCUAAUUUCAAACAACACACUACAUUUCCAGCAUCUUUCAAUCAAUCCAAUCUUCUUUACUCUUCUUCGCAUCGCCAUCGCAAUUCUCGAAUUCUAUUAAGUCUCCGGAUCUCCAAGACAGCGACUAAUAAUCGCCGGAGACUAUUUAUCAGUGCUUGCGUUAGUCCAGGUCAAGAAAUUCUCAGCGAAGAACUCGAAAUUAGAAAUGGUGAGAACAUCGCUUCUUGUUCAUCAAUUGAAGAAGAAGAAAGAACAGAAACAACGGAGAUGGUUUCGCCUAAAAAUGAAGAGUUUGUGGCGAAUGAGGGCAUUUGGAGUCAGAUGGUAGAGAUUGUGAAAUUUGCAGGGCCAGCUACUGGAUUGUGGAUAUGUGGGCCCUUGAUGAGUCUCAUUGACACUGUAGUCAUUGGUCAAGGAAGUUCAAUCGAGCUUGCUGCUUUAGGGCCCGGGACGGUGCUUUGUGACAAUAUGAGUUACGUGUUUAUGUUCCUUUCAAUCGCUACUUCGAAUAUGGUUGCUACUUCGCUUGCCAGUAAGAGUAAAGAUGAAGUACAACAUCAGAUAUCUAUUUUGCUUUUUGUUGGGUUGACUUGCGGGGUGUUAAUGCUUUUCUUUACAAGGUUCCUGGGUGCUUGGGCACUAACCGCUUUUGCUGGGCCAAAGAAUGCGCAUAUAAUACCUGCAGCAAAUUCAUAUGUUCAGAUUAGAGGCUUUGCAUGGCCCGCAGUACUUGUUGGAUGGGUGGCUCAAAGUGCAAGUCUUGGCAUGAAGGAUUCGUGGGGACCUUUGAAGGCUUUGGCAGUUGCCAGUGCUGUGAAUGGUGUUGGUGAUGUCGUCCUAUGCUCAUUCUUAGGCUAUGGUAUUGCCGGAGCUGCAUGGGCAACAAUGGUGUCACAGGUUAUUGCUGGUUAUAUGAUGGUUGAAGCUCUGAACAAGAAAGGGUAUAAUGCUUUUACCAUCUCUGUCCCAUCAGCCAGUGAACUUCUGCAAAUAUUCAUGCUUUCUGCUCCAGUGUUUGUAACAAUGAUGUCGAAGGUGGCCUUUUAUUCUCUCAUUGUAUAUUUUGCUACGUCUAUGGGCACACACACUGUUGCCGCUCAUCAGAUCAUGAUUCAAAUGUACAGCAUGUUUGCGGUAUGGGGUGAGCCUAUCUCUCAAACAGCUCAAUCAUUUAUGCCUGAGUUGAUCUAUGGAGCUAACCGAAGCUUGGCAAAGGCUCGAAUGCUGUUAAAGUCACUGCUGAUAAUUGGAGUACUGAGUGGGUUGAUAUUAGCAUCUAUCGGAACAUCUGUUCCCUGGUUGUUCCCCAAUUUUUUUUCACCUGAUCCUGAGGUCAUACAGGAGGUGCAAAGGGUGUUGAUUCCAUACUUCAUGGCGUUGUCUGUGACACCUUGUGUUCAUAGCCUAGAGGGGACAUUGUUGGCUGGAAGAGAUCUUAAAUUUAUUAGCUUAUCAAUGAGUGGAUGCUUUUCUUUGGGCACGCUCUUCCUCAUGUUCAUGAGCAGUAGAGGAUUUGGUUUGCCAGGUUGCUGGUUUGCCCUCGUAGGAUUUCAAUGGACUCGAUUUCUUAUUGCUUUCCGGCGCCUUAUUUCACCUGAUGGCGUACUUUACUCCGAGGAUUUGACCCGGUAUCAACCUGAGAAGCUGAGAGCUGCAUAAUCUUGGAUCCUAUGAAAACCGAUGAUACAAUCUCAAGGUCCUGGUAAGGAUGCAAAAUUUCAUGCUGCCAGAUUAUACUGCGUUCAAGAAUCACAAAAUUUGUGCAUGCAACACUUUUAUUCAAGUUGCCAGAGAUCAAGCCGCCAUUAUCAUGAAACCUUUGAUAAGGGUAAAGUUAAACAGCAAAUUAUAAUAAUUUAUCGUGGUUUUAUAAAUUUUUUGUUGGCUUCUGUAUUCAACAGGAAAGUUGUUCAUGUAUUAAGGUGGUUCAAGGAAAUGAUUCCUCGGAAGUUUAGGAUGACGGUAAAACAUUUGUUAUCAUUAUUAUACAGUUCUAUCAAUGAUAAACGGAGUCCAUAAUGCCAAUAUAUAUCCCUUCCCAGUUC